AUGGGAGAGGUUGGACUUUGCCAUGUCACCAAUCUUCUUACUCUGCAGGUUGGAUCCAAUCCUGCAACCUGUGCACAUCCAGAACACCCACUGGGGCAUGAAUCUGCGCAGGAUUGGUCCUUUCUGGCAUCGCAUUUACAAGGCUGUAGAGGUGUCAUGGAUUUUAUGAGAACCUGCUAUGCCACCUAUGCCAUGGCACGUGGCCUGACUGAGGUGCGUAGUGUGACUGCUUCACAGGAAGGGAUAGUGAUCCAACAGAGCCCAGCACAGAUCUUUCUGGCCUCUGGAAAAACUGCAGAGAUACACUGUAAGCUUUCAACAAGAAGACAGUAUAUGUACUGGUACAAAGAGCUUCAGAAUGGAAGUUUGCACGGGAUUUACCAGAGUUAUGAGUCUGCUGCACUUCCACAUGAAAAAUACUCCAGUAAAGUGAACAUUCAGGCAAACACGUUUACUCUGAUUAUAAGCAACGUACAAAGAAAUGACUCUGGGGUGUAUUUCUGUGGCCUUGCUGUAUAUGUACAUCCGAACUUCGGGAAUGGGACCAGGCUGAUUGUCACAGAUGCCUCUGAGCCAAGACUUUCCAUCCUGGUUCCCUCCACCCCAGAGGAUGCUGAGCUUCCCCCCGUCAUUCCUCUGCUCUGCCUGCUCUCUGAUUUCACUCCUCCCUGGAGUGCUGUUCUCUGGGACACUGGUGAGGAGGCAUCUGAGAGUCAGAUGGAUGCUGGAGCCAUAGACGGGGAAGGGGUCUUUAGUGUUUGGAGCCUAACGACAAUCCCUUCUGAGACGUGGAAGCAGGAGAUGAUCUGCGCUUGUACAGCCAAGGAGAACAGCACGGGGAGAAGCAUCAAUGCUACAGUCUCCAAGGAAACAGUUUUCUUUCCUGGCCUCAUCUGCAAUUAUGUGUUAUAUGUUGAGCUGUCUUGUAUUUUCAUCCUUGUCGUCAUCCAGCUGCUGAUCCUGCUCUUCAGAAAGUGUCCCACCAGAGCAGGGAAAGCUGUGCAAACAGGGAAUCAAAUACCUAUGAGGCACCUUCCACAGACCGAGUAUGCAGCUGUGAGGUACAAUAAAUGAAAAGUGCCUUUUUAACUGACUUGUUCUGACAAAAUUAUUUAUAGGGU